ACAAACUCAAAUCCUCAUCUCCACUCCUGAUAUAAAUAUGUUCUUCCAUUCAGAUGAUAGACGGUGUAAAUCCAGACAGUGUUCCUCCUGGUUUCGUGUCCCACGUUGCCUUCAGUGUGCUGAGAGCAGAGACAUCAUUUCCAUAGAGAGGAGGCUUUGCAUGGUCAGCUGAUCCUCCAGUGAACUGAGAAGGUUUAUAGUCCUGUGAGUUCAACACUGCAGGACUCACAUGUGUCAGUCAGCAGAAAGCACCAUGACUCUCAUCACCAUCCUCAUCUGGACGCUGGCCUGCUGCUGUUUCACAGGAUGCAGCGGUCAGACUGUGACUGUGACUCAGCCUGCAGUCGAGACGUCUGCUCCAGGAUCCACCGUCACUCUCACCUGUAAAACCAGUAGCAAUGUUUACAGAUGGGGUAGUAUUUAUGAUAAUUUGUUCUGGUAUCAACAGAAAUCUGGACAGCCUCCAAAGCUCCUGAUAAAAUAUGCGAGCCAACGUGAAUCAGGAACAGAACCUCGGUUUAGUGGCAGUGGAAGCGGCUCUGACUUCUCUAUGACCAUCACUGGACUGAAGGCUGAAGAUGCAGCAGUUUAUUACUGUCAGAGUCACCACAGUGGUAACGUGUUCACUUUUGGUGGAGGAACCAAACUCAUCGUUCACUCGGGCUCCAUGCUCAGGCCCUCCGUCUCUCUGCUGGCUCCCUCCUCCUCUGAGCAGCUCUCUGGGGGCUCGCUCACGCUGGCCUGCCUGCUGACCGGCUACUCUCCUCAGGGAGCCGUGGUGAGCUGGGAGGUGGACGGCACACAGGUGACAGAGGGGGUCCUGAGCAGCUCGGAGGAGGAGAAGAGCGGACGCUACAGCAGCAGCAGCAGCCUGAGCCUGAGCCAGGAGAGCUGGAUGUCAGGAGAGCUGUACUCCUGCAAGGUCCUCCAUCAUGCCCACAGCCAGACCCAGUCCCUCCACAGGAGCCAGUGUGGGGGCUAGAGGGGCCGCUGGAGCCCAGGAGAACACAUGCUGCUCUGAUCAUCAGGAGCUUUAAUGUUUGUAGAGGAAAGUGAAGCUUUGUGUGGCCGAGAACAACACUGCUGUAAAGUGUUGGACAGCAGCAACUUAGAGAGUGAUGUGUGAAGCUCAGCAGAGAUGAGAGUGUGCUUAGUAACUGUCUUGUUGAUGAUUCAGGAUGUUCCUAAUAAAGCUUUCUCUGAUAAAUAACAUGA